AUCAUUGUGCAUGCUAUUUACAGUUAAAUCACUUUAAGAAUCAUUAGAUUUAUACUCAUACAUAUCUCCCUAUUUAUCCUACAUAAACAGAAUUAUCCAAAACUUUUUUUCCCCUAUUAUUAUUUUCUCAUAAUACAGAGCCAUAUUCUCAUGCCUUUGUCCAAUUAAAUUUUAUCUGGAAAGGUCUGAAAUAACCACAUAGUUCUUUUUCAUGCUUAUCUCAGUUUAUCAAUUGCAGAUGGGCGUGUAUCACAAAUGGGCACAGACUGUCACAAAUCAUCACAGUAAUUGUGGAAGGAAUAAGCAUAAUGGACCUUCAAAAGGCAUCGAAUAGCAGAAUUAACAAUAAAGAAGAGAUAACAAGUUCUGAAAAUUACCCAGUUUGGCUGCGUGAUUCCUUGCCUCGGGCUAGCAAGUGCAUGGAACAGAAGUUGGAAUUGCUAGCACCUUCAAAAUACUCUGAACCACCUUGUAGAGAGCUUUUAAAUGUUCCUCUCUCAGAUACUAAAAAAGAUAAACUAGUUAAAAGAUACAGGAACUUGAAACGUGCUGAAAGAAGUGGUCUAGUACAUAAAGCUGUUGCCAGUCUGUUUCCUCUUGCCAAUGUUUCCAGUAAAGAGUUAAUUCAAAAGAAGGAAUGUGACAAUAUACCUUUUUAUUUUGAAGAUGGGAAGAAAUUCCAAGUUCAUGACAAUUUUGAUAGAAGACGUUUGCUCUUGGGAGCUGAGGACAUGUGUGACCAUGGCUUCCCAGCACCUGUACCAGGAUGCCUUGGCUAUAAUGAUCCAGAAUAUUCCUUCUCCCAUGAAGAGUAUACGGAGGUGACAGUCAACUCCCCAAUGUUUGGAGUUGAUUGCGAAAUGUGCCUCACAUCUAUAAAGCAGUUAGAACUUACUAGUAUUUCUGUUGUUAAUGAACAAGGAAAAUUAGUGUAUCACACACUAGUGAAACCAAAAACCGUAUCAUCAACUACUUGACAAAAUAUUCAGGAAUCACUGAAGAAAAACUUCGAUUUGUUAAGAAAACACUGAAAGAUGUUUUAGAAAUGAUCUGCGCAAUAUAUUGCCUACAGAUGCUAUUCUGGUGGGACACUCACUCAAUUCAGAUCUCAAAGCAA